GGCCGCCCCGCGGCGGAGCAGCGCGGGCAGCGGCCGGGGGUGUCGGUGGCGGCGGCAUGUCCUGAGCGGAGCGGCGGCGCGCAGCCCCCGCCACCACGGAGGGGUCGGUGGAGCAGCGGGCCAAGGGCCGGGCCCCCAUGAAGGAGAAGGAGGCCGGGGCGGAGCGGGGCAAACCCGCCACUUACACUGGGGACAAGAAGGCUCGCAUGGCGGCCAAGACCAACAAGAAGUGGGUGCGCCUGGCCACCGUGCUGGCCUACGUGCUGUCCGUCUCGCUGGCCGCCAUCGUCCUCGCCGUCUACUACAGCCUCAUCUGGCAGCCGGUGCGCGGAGGCGGCGGCUCCUCGGCUUCUCCUCCGUCUCUUCCCGGCCCCGCCGCCAACUCCUCCUCGCAGCCCCGCAUCGCUCCGCCGCCGCGCUCCGUCGCUCCGCCGCCCCCCGGCCCCACGACGCCGCCGCCUCCCAGGGGGAGCCCGGCCGGGACCGGCGGCACGGAGCUGCCAGCGCCGCGCGGGGCUCGGGAGGGCCGCAGUGCGCCGUGAGGAUGGAGGGAUGGAGGGAUGGAUGGAUGGAGGCCCGGGGGGGCAGCGCAGGACACUGAGCGGAGGGACGGCGUGCUGUUGACUCUCGUUGCUGUGGGCUUCCGUGGCUUCGUUCUUCUCCGUUCUUCGCCCCCCCCCCCCCGAGCAGCGCCGGACUGUGGCCAACCGAGGAGCUCGGUGUGCGGGACCGCCUGGGAGCGAUGCCGACCCGUAGGCUGUUAACACGUCGUUUUAAGUCCCGAGUUUUGUUUAGCCAUGAGCGUAAACUUAUUUAAACCGUGUGAGAGGUAAAUCGACUUGUUUGCUAUAUUAAAAUAUUUUCCCAGUAUGAAA